AUGCCUUUCAUUGUCUCGGCGGGCGGGAAGAAGAAAGAUGAUCCGGAAACACGCAAGCUCAUAAGGAGCCAUGUGAUGCUGGGAAAGAAUUUGGGAAAGUCUCGAGGGAGAGCAAAGCCCAAAGAUCCCUUACCCUGGGAGGUUGCACCUGUAUGGAACUCCUCUGAUGGCGGCAGAGUAGUGACACAGCAACCCUCGUCGAUUAUCCCUAAAAAGGCCGGCUCAGAGUGGUCAUUCACCCAGUUGGCUGCCGAGAUUGAGCCAGCCGCAAUUGCGGAUAUUCUGACCUAUUCAUCUCUCGCAAGGCAAGCCACCGUACCACUGGAGGCGUGCAUUUCCUUCGACAAGAAAGAUAGGGUACUAGUUGGUCCCAUGGCGUCUGACGCCGCCUUCGUUCACGCUACUGCACUGGGGACUCAUGCGUACGUCGGAUUGAUGCUCGGUCGUGAAGAUCAUCAUGCAGUCCAAUCCACGUCCCCACAUUUCUUGAAGGCCCUUCAGCUUCUGCGUGAGCGACUGGACUCUACAGAUGAAGACCUGAAAAUUGCCAAUCCCACAAUUAUGGUCGUCAUUGCUCUUGCACUUCACGCCCGUAUGAUUGGAGACUUUGACUCUGCGAAACAUCACAUGGAGGGCCUUCGCAUGAUGAUCAAUCUAAGAGGAGGGAUUACCACCAUCAUUCAUAAGAUGAGACUUGCGAUGGAGAUCUUCAGAUGCGACAUUGGGUUGGCGAUCGAGACUAGUUCAAAGCCUGUCUUCUUCUCAAACACCUGUCCCCGCGAGUCCUUCCUACCAUUCCCAGACCAAAUGUCGAUAUCCAUUCCAGAGUCAGCCGACACGCCGAGUUUCUGGCCUUACUCAGAGCAGUUUCUCAGCAUCAUCAAUGAAGAAAUAGCCGUAGUGUGGAGAGCGAUGAAGAGAUUUUGCUUACAGAUCAGCCGCGCCGCCAGAACUAAACGCAAGCUUUCUGAAGAAAUUCUGCUCCAGGCAACGGCUUCAAUCAUGUAUCGGCUUCUUCAUCUGAGCUUUGCACCUGGGUCUCUUGACGCGGCCAUCCGGCUCGGAUUGUUAGCCUUCUCCUCACAGGUCUUCUUGCAACUACCAGACGUCAGGGUACGAAGGACAUCUUUGUCCACUACUUACCAAGAAUGUCUCGUUGGUCUCGACAUUUUGGAAGAACAGUGGCCUCAACUGUUGCUUUGGCUUCUCAUGGUCGGCGCUGUGGCAGUGUUUAACGAGCCUGGUAGUGCCUGGCUGAAGGCUUGGUUGAAAUCAACCAUUGAACGAUGUGCGGUCGAUUCAUGGAGUGGUUUCCGGGACAUGAUGGACUCGUUCAUGUGGAUUGGGUUGGUAUUUGACAAACCGGCGAAGGACAUAUUCUACUCAGCGAUGACUUCAUUGGACCUGUCGGGAGACGGGAGUGCAUCAAUUGCGUCACGGGUUAAAACCGCCCCUGUAGCUACCCCUAAAUCCCAUCCCGUAUUGGGCGUGGAGAAGAAUUGA